CAGUAUUACAAAGAAUACUGGUGUAAACAAUACGUCAUCUGCGUGCGACGGGGUCACAGCAAAAGCGAUGGCAGAACCUGGAGCUGAGAGAGUAAUCAAGCUUGUUCCUGAGAAUCUUCUCAAGAAACGCAAGGCGUACCAGGCAAUCAAAGCCACUCAAGCUAAACUUGCUUUGCAGCAGAAGAGAAAAGACAAAAAAGGAAUCCCCUUAAAGUUUAAGCGCUUGGAGGAGUUUUUGAAAAACAGCAAGAGGAAGCAUCGAGAUGACACACGACUCGCCAGACUCAAACAAAGACCUCCACCGGCCAUGCCACCAGCGAAGAACGGUCUGGUGUUCGCUGCCCGCAUCAGAGAGAUCAAAGGUGUGAGCCCCAAAGUGAUGAAGGUCGUUCAGAUGCUGAGGCUGAGAAAGAUCUUCAGUGGCACCUUUGUGAAAGUCAACAAGACUUCCAUAAAAAUGCUUAAGACUGUGGAACCUUAUGUUGCCUGGGGGUAUCCCAACUUGAAAUCAGUCCGUGAGCUCAUAUUAAAAAGAGGUCAGACUAAGAUUGCCAAGAGAAAGAUUCCUCUGACCGACAAUGCAUUUAUAGAGAAGCAUCUCGGACAAUAUGGAAUCAUCUGUUUGGAGGACCUCAUACAUGAGAUUUAUUCUGCUGGUAAGAACUUCAGGGUGGCAAACAACUUCCUGGUGCCAUUCCAUUUGUCAGUACCAAGACAUGCUGCUAGAGACAAAGUUGGACUGCUGAAAGAUGUUGGAGAGCCUGGACCCAGAGCUGAGGAUAUAAAUAGUGUCAUCAGGAAACUCAACUGAGCUAAUGGACUCUCAUGGACUGUUUUGUUGCCGUCAUCCAGAUUGCACCAUCAAAAAGGAGAGAACAGAGCCUGUUUCUCAAUUCUGUUAAAACUGAACACGCAGUUUAAAUGGACGUUUCCUUUGAAUAAUUCAGUGUUCAAUAUUGACACCUGAAUAGAAGUAACGUGGGGAAGCAUACAGCUGUAUUUCAGUUUCUAUGUAAACAAACUUUGUUUCUAAUUGCAAAACUUAUUGUGCAUUAUUUUUAUUAAACAAUGCAAAGUUUCAGUCUACAUAUGCUCCAUUCCAUUUUUAGGCUUCAGAUUCCACAAUGAGCUGAUGAGGGUCAAAGACAUCAAAUUAGUAACAAUUAACAGAAAACGUUGCAAAAAUUGAAAAAUUGAAUUUCUUUGACAUUAUUAAUAAAAAAAAGAUGAGACUUCA